AUGGAUGGAUUAGUUUUUCAGUUGUUCUCACCUGAUCUGUUUGAUAUAAUUGCAAAAUAUCUGAUCCAAUUUGAUAUUAUCUCAUUGAGCAGAACAUGCAAGAGUAUAAACACCAUUGCUAAUACGUACUUAUAUAGAAGCAUUACCUUGAACUCUAAUUAUUCCCAAUUUGAAAAAGAGUAUACAAAGGAGCAAACUACUUAUAUCAGAACAAGAGCAAACUUUACUUUAUUGCUUAAAUCAUUAAAUAGGAACAGCUAUAAUGACUCAAAUUUACGGAAGCUUGUUAAAGUGUUGAAAAUAGAGGAUUUACCACUGGACUUUUAUGAUUUUGAAUCUUGUUUAUUGGGCAAAACUGCUGAUUCUCUCUCUUUUUUUAGAAGAGGUUGUUUAACCAAAUUAUACCUAACAAGCCCUAUUAGUUUUAGUGUUUUGAAAUACCUUCUAUCGGAUGAAUACUCUAGACGGAAUUUGAGCUUGCUUUGUUUUACCGUAAAUAAAUAUGCUAAUGUGAAGUCAGUAUUAAGCCUAGUUGAGGACCCUAAGCUCAAAUUCGAAAAUCUAUCAACCUUAUCAAUAGGACCGUUAAAGCCGGAUUUGGGGGUUAAUUUACCUCUUGUUUUAAUUCCCGAUGAUAAAAAGCAAAUGCUGGAAAGUUUAAAAUUGAUUUAUUAUCAUCAUGCUCUUAGGUUGGCUGACUUGGCUAGUUUCUCCGAAAAUAACCUGAUUCUUGAAAAUAGCAUUUUCCGAACAUUAAGCUUCUAUAAGAAUCUUAAAGAGUUAUGUCUUCAAUCCAUCAAUCUAAAUCUUGAAAUUCACACGUCAGAUUUAAACGAAAGAGAGAAUUUUGAAAUCUUCAGCAACUUAACUUAUCUGGAACUUACAGACGUUAGUCUCGUGGGCUCGGAUAUGAAUCAAUCGAUCUUGCAUAAACUUUAUCAAUAUAGUAAAGUAUGCAGGUUGAGACGGGUCAAGCUUGAUAUAAGAUCUAUUUCUAAUGAUUUGAUUCCUGAUUUUUUUUUAUUCCAAGUAAAGGAGAACCAAAUUCUAGAAUUUGAUGUUACCAUCAGGCAUAAUUGUAUGCAUACAAUACCAUUGAACGAAUUAAUUGAAAAGUACAUACAUUAUAUAAUAUUCAGACAAAAAGGCUCCCUACGCAAACUAUCAGUUGAAAUCAAGUGUGAAAGAAAUUUGGUCAGCUUAGGUGGGCAAUUACAGAGGGUGCAUAUUGCUCAAAUUUUAUCUAAAGAGUUUCUAAAUCUCCGUUCACUAAGAUUAGAAGCGGAUUUUGACAGUAUUUUAGAACUGAAAGAUAAACUGUUCCUGAAUAUGCCUAAUCUAGAAAAUUUAUGGGUCGUUGGCUCAAAUGCUGUUCCCGUACAUUUCGGCCUUGGUAACAUGCAUCCAGGUAUUUACGAUAGUUGGUGGAGAAUUAUAGAUCUGCCGAAAUCUCUAGUGAAAAACGUAUCUAAACACCCCCUUAGGUAUAUUAAAAUUCACAAAUACUUAUUUAUCGUGCUAGAUGAAGGGGAAAGAGAAAGAGUCCAACCAAAGGAGACGAUUGAUAAGAUAUUUGAAGGUUUAACAAGGGUUAGCUUCCUGCAAGGUUCUACUUAG